AGUCCAGUCCUUAGCCCUGGUCCUGACUACCUCUUUGCUGGAUUGGCCUUUGCUGUGUUUUUCUGUUUUUCGUCCACUUCAGAACUAUCCCGCUUGUUAUUGUUCGUUUGGUCCUGACACUAUCCUGUUAUUUUUAUAUUCAGAAAAGCGCAGUAAAAGCUAAAUUAUAAGACACUCAUGAUGUCUUUACCUUUCUAUCAAAGACACCAUGAGCAUUAUGACCGUGCAUACCGCCACAAAGCACUGCAGUCCACUGUAAGCCAGUACCAAAAGGAAGCAAAAAGCAAAUCUGCUGUCUAUGCUCAAGGAUCUACGGCUUACAGUAGAGGCUCUGCUGCCUAUCGCCAUGCAUCUGCAGCAGACUACAGCCUUGAGUCUUCAGCAGCGUAUAGUCAUGACUCUUCAGCCCAUGCCCUUGAGUCGGCAGCCUACAGCUAUGGAUCUACAGCCUAUGACCAUCUCUCUACCGCACAGAGCAAACGAUCUGCUGCCUACAGUCUUGACUCUGAAUCUCUCAGUAAGAGCUCAGCUGCCUAUAGUCAUGGAUCUGAAUCAGUCAAUAAGCUGGCUGCAGCCUAUAGACUGGGAGCUGAAGCCUACAGUCUUGGACUGAAAGAUUCCAAUAUAAUGAUUGAAGAUCAGUCCUAUAAGAUGAGUCCCAAAGCAAAGAGAGCAAAACAGAGUUUGGUCUCUGAGGACAAAGAGAACAAAGCCAUGGACUACUCAGUGCCUAUAUUCACAGGACAUGAAGUGAGUAUCAGUGGGAUCACAGACACAGAAGAAGAAAGAAUCAAAGAAAGUGCUGCAUAUAUUGCCAGAAGGAAUCUUUUGGCUAAAGGUGAAGGAGUUAGUGUGAGCAAAGUGGCCACAUCAGCUUCUCAAGAAGAACAUCAUGAAAAAAAAUCAAGGAAAGUAGCAAUCCGUGAAUCUGCUGAACGUGUGGCCUUGAAGAAAACGCUAGAAGAUACUCAGGCAUUCCACAAAAAGUUGAAUCAAGAUAAACUUUUACAUGCUCCUGAGUUUGUUAUCAAGCCUCGUUCUCACACUGUCUGGGAAAAGCAAAAUGUCAAAUUUCAUUGCACCGUGGCUGGCUGGCCUGAACCCCAUGUUACAUGGUACAAAAACAAUGUGCCCAUCAACGUACAAACUCCCCCUGGCAAGUAUGUCAUUGAAAAUCGAUAUGGGCUGCACUCACUGGAAAUUAGCACAUGUGAUUUUGAAGACACUGCUCAGUAUCAUGCUUCUGCUAUGAAUGUUAAAGGAGAAAUUUCGGCUUAUGCGUCCCUUGUGGUAAAGAGGUACAAAGGAGAAAUUGAUGCAGGUCUUUUCCAUGCUGGAACUGUUUCUAUGCCUCUGAGCUUUGGUGUUACCCCACAUGGGUAUGCUUCCAGAUUUGAAAUCAGUUUUGUUGACAAGUUUGAUGUUGCCUUUGGGAGAGAAGGCGAGACAAUGAGUCUGGGUUGCACAGUUGUCAUCAGUCCUGACAUCAAGCGCUUCAAACCAGACAUCGAAUGGUACAGAAAUGGUGUUCUUAUUACACCAUCCAAAUGGGUCCAGAUGCAUUGGAGCGGGGAGCGAGCUUCAUUAACACUGACUCAUGCAAACAAGGAGGAUGAAGGUCUUUACACUCUGCGUGUGGUGAUGGGAGACUACUAUGAAGAGUAUAGUGCUUAUGUCUUUGUUCGAGAUGCUGAUGCUGAAAUCCCAGGUGCCCCUGGAGCACCGCUGGAUGUGCAGUGCUUAGAUGCCAACAAAGAUUAUGUCAUUGUUUCCUGGAAGCAGCCAGCUGUUGAUGGAGGAAACUCCAUCCUUGGAUAUUUCAUUGAUAGAUGUGAGGUUGGCACCACCCACUGGACCCAGUGCAAUGAGACACCAGUGAAGUUUGCUCGUUUUCCUGUCACUGGCCUGAUUGAAGGCCGCUCCUAUAUUUUCCGAGUCCGAGCUGUGAACAAAGCUGGCAUUAGCCUACCAUCCCGGGUGUCAGAGCCCGUGGCUGCACUAGAUCCUGCUGACAGAGCGAGGCUUAGAAGUCACCCUUCGGCUCCCUGGACUGGACAGAUUAUUGUCACUGAAGAAGAACCUGCAGAGGGUGUUGUUCCUGGUCCACCUACAGACCUCCAAGUUAUUGAAGCCACCAAGAACUAUGUUGUGCUUAGCUGGAAACCUCCUGGACAGCGGGGACAUGAGGGUAUUAUGUACUUUGUGGAAAAGUGUAUUGCUGGCACAGAGAACUGGCAAAGAGUGAACACAGAGAUCCCUGUCAAGUCUCCUCGCUUUGCAGUUUUUGAUUUGGCUGAAGGCAAAUCCUACUGCUUCCGAGUUCGCUGUUGCAAUUCAGCUGGAAUUGGUGAGCCUUCAGAAGCAACUGAAGCUACUGUGGUGGAUGACAAACUUGAUAUUCCUAAAGCUCCUGGUCGUAUUAUGCCAACUAGGAAUACAGAUACCUCAGUUGUUGUCACUUGGACAGAACCUCCAGAUGCCAAGGAACUGGUGGGGUAUUACAUUGAGUCAAGUGUGGUUGGAUCUGGUUGUUGGGAACCAUGCAACAAUAAUCCAGUGAAAGGCACAAGAUUCAUUUGCCAUGGGCUCGUCACUGGUGAGAAGUACAUUUUCAGAGUGAGGGCUGUUAAUGCAGCUGGACUCAGUGAAUUUUCAAAGGAAUCAGAGCCUAUAGAAGUGCAAGCAGCUAUUGGGGGAGGAUUGCUUCAUGGUGUGUGUCCUGAACUGAGUGGUAAAGCUGAUGGACUAACAGACUGCACUACCAGUUGGGAAGGCAUGCAUGAGUCCUUCCAGCCUAUCUUUGACACAGAUGCUUUGCUAAAAUGCAAUGCUAAAUUUAAUAGAGACACACUUCCCAGUAGUUCUGACAAGCUGGGGAACACAGGAGACAAUUACAUGAGAGAAAUGGUUAAGGAUGCUACUACAUCUGCACCACAAAAAGUUACUGCUAAGCAGGCAAGUAAGUCUCGACCCGGGGAUCCUUUGACAUUGGAAAAGGUGAAAGAGAAGAAAGAUAUAGCUGCUCCAUCUCCACCUUAUGACAUAAUGGUACUAGAGAGUGUUCGUGACUCAAUGGUAUUGGGAUGGAAACAACCUAAAGUCACUGGUGGUACUGAAAUUACUGGCUACUAUGUGAACUAUCGUGAAGUAAUUGGUGGAGUUCCUGGGAAAUGGAUGGAGGCCAACAUUAAGCCCGUUAGUGAGAGGGCAUAUAGGAUUCAAAAUCUGAAGGAAAAUAUGGUAUACCAGUUCCAAGUUGCUGCUGCUAACCUGGCUGGGGUUGGGACACCCUCCCUACCCAGUAAACCCUUCAAAUGUGAAGAAUGGACCAUUGCUGUACCAGGGCCACCCCAUGAUCUCUCAUGCAUAGAAAUUAGAAAAGACUCUUUGGUUUUAUUGUGGAAGGAACCAGUUUAUACUGGUCGUAGUCCUAUAGCUGGUUAUUAUGUUGAUAUAAAAGAAACUGAAGCAACAGAGGAACAUUGGAGAAGUGUCAAUGAGAAGCCACUUCAAAAGAGAUUCUUGAAGAUAGGUGGCCUCAAAGAAGGUGUGAGCUAUGUGUUCCGUGUGCGGGCAACAAACCAGGCUGGUGUUGGGAAACCGUCAGAUAUCACUGAUCCUGUUGUAGCUGAAACACGACCAGGAACUAAAGAAAUGGUGGUUGAUGUAGAUGAUAAUGGAGUCAUUUCCUUGAACUUUGAAUGUGAUCAGAUGUCUCCAAACUCUAAGUUUGUUUGGUCCAAGAAUUAUGAACCAAUUGAGGAUGACUCUCGACUGGACAUUGAUACAAAAGGCGGAAAGUCAAAAGCUACCUUUAAGGAUCUUGGAGAAGACGAUUUGGGAAUUUAUUCUUGUAUUGUUACAGACACUGAUGGAGUUUCAUCAAGCUACACGAUUGAUGAAGAAGAAAUGAAACGUCUGCUUGCUCUGAGCCACGAACGUAAAUUCCCAACUAUCCCACUUGUAUCUGAAUUGGCGGUGGAAAUUUUGGAAAAAGGAGAAGUGAGAUUUUGGUUGCAAGCCGAAAAACUGUCUGGCAAUGCAAAGGCCAACUUUGUAUUUAAUGAUAAGGAGAUUUUUAAUGGCGAGAAAUACAAAAUGAAGAUGGACCAGAAGACAGGGCUUGUUGAAAUGAUUAUGGAUAAACUUGAGGACAAGGAUGAAGGAACUUAUACUUUCCAGCUUCAGGAUGGAAAAGCAACCAACCAAUCCAGCCUUGUCCUCAUUGGUGAUGUGUUCAAGAAGCUGCAGAAUGAAGCAGAUUUCCAGAAAAAAGAGUGGCACAGAAAACAAGGUCCUCAUUUUGUGGAUAAACUGGGAUGGGAAGUUACCAGUGAUUGCAAUGUGCUGUUGAAAUGUAAGGUGGCUAAUAUUAAGAAGGAAACGCACAUUGUAUGGUACAAAGAUGACAGGGAGAUAAUGGUAGAUGAAGAACAUGACUUUAAAGAUGGUGUAUGUACUCUGCUGAUAUCAGAGUUUUCUAAGAAAGAUGCUGGAACUUAUGAAGUCAUAUUAAAGGAUGACAGAGGAAAGGACUCAAGUGAACUAAAGCUCACGAAUGCAGCUUUUGCGGAUCUGAUGAAUGAAGUAUGCAGAAGGAUUGCUUUAUCUGCAACAGACCUGAAAAUCCAGAGCACAGCUGAGGGUAUUAGACUGUACUCCUUUGUUAAUUAUUAUGUGGAAGAUCUGAGAGUAGGCUGGAUGCACAAUGAUGCCCAGAUUAGAUUUACAGAUAGGGUUAAGACUGGUAUCACUGGGGAACAGAUCUGGUUGCAGAUCAAUGAGCCAACUCCACAAGACAAAGGCAAAUAUACAAUGGAACUCUUUGAUGGUAAAACAGGACACAAAAAGACAGUGGAUCUUUCUGGACAAGCAUUUGAUGAAGCCUUUGCUGAAUUCCAGAGAUUAAAGCAAGCUGCAAUUGCAGAAAAAAAUCGUGCACGGGUACUUGGAGGUUUGCCCGAUGUUGUCACCAUCCAGGAAGGCAAGGCGCUUAAUCUUUCUUGCACAGUGUGGGGAGAUCCUACCCCAGAGGUCUCAUGGCUGAAGAAUGAAAAAUCGUUUGUAUCAGAUGCUAAUUGCAUCCUGAAAUUUGAAUCUGGAAAAAAUGUCAGCUUUACCAUUUCUGCUGUGUCCACACUCGACUCUGGAAAAUACAGCAUUGUGGUGAAGAACAAGUACGGCACAGAGACCAGCGAUGUCACUGUGAUUGUGAUUUCUAUGUCAGGACAGACUGACAUGGCUAAGCACGCUGCUAGUGCCCAAGGACAUAAUCAAAAUAGUAUAACUGUAGCGAAAAAGAAAAAAACAACUACAAGAAACAAACAGGAGAAAGAAGAGCAAAAGAAAGAUUUUAUUAAGCCACAUGUAGAAGAAAUUAUUACUACAGAAGAGACACCUGAUCCAAAUGAAAUCUGUACAGUGGAAACAGAAAAGGACACAGAAAACAACCAAAGAAAACAAGCUGCAAAGGAGACUGAUGGGAAGACUACAGUAGCAGAGGUCAUUCUUUAGCCCACAGAAAGCUUGGAUAGGUGGGGAAAGAAACACUGGAAAAAGAGCCUUAAGUAAAAUUAUGCAGUUCUUGAAUGAAAAAUAUGAUCUUGUUAUGAUCUGGAUAAUAAGUUCAAGAUGGAGUUUCACAAGUAGUAAACUAGCCAUAUUAUUUCAACAUAAAAAUUUUAGUGUUUUUUAUAACAUUUGUAAUAGCUUCACAACUUCAAAUAUGUAGUAGCUGUGCAUUUAUGUCUUGGAUUAACUUUAUUGCAUUCAUUUACAAGUGUCCUGAUAAUUACCCAUAUAUUGAAAUGUGAUUUUAGUUACUAACAAAAUCUCUAUGAGAAGCAGAGGUUAUUAGAACAAAUCUUGUCAAGAACUGACAUAUUUACUAGUCUGUAAAAAAUGUUGAUAUAAUUUACUUAAGUGGAUCUGAUCAUCAAUGUAUGUAGGUCAUCACAUUUUGAGGCAGACCUCCCUUAUUUUUGCAAGGAGACCAUACAUACAGUUCUCUUAAUGCCAUGUGGGCUGCACUUUUCACCAUGACCAAUGUGGUCACAGGGAAGACCUCCAGAACAGCACCAUCUCCUCUGGGUGUGGGGAGCCACACAGGUGGCCCACACUGGUGAUCCAGGUUUGUUUCAUACACACUUGCUUGCAGCAGAUCAGAUUGGGCUGAUGUCUGGCCAUUUCUUAUCUCCAAGACUCACUUGACUACAGUUCAGCCCGUUCAACUUCAUCAAUCCCCUCCUAGCCUUGGUGAGGUACUGUGGAUACAGCGCUAAUCCACAAAGCAUCAGUUGGCCCAAAUGCUCAUUUCUCUAAGUCCCUUUUGCUACAGCAGUCAUAUUUCUGCUUUCAAGACGUCUCCAACCCAUCAUCCUUCUUCCCUCAGUGACUCAGCCCAUCACUGAAACAACCACCCCCUCACUGGGGCCAGGCCCACUUCAUGGUCUGUGUGAGCAAGGACUACAUAUAAGCCAAGAAUCUCUGUUUUAAGUCAUUACUGUGUUCAUUCACAUGUUUAUAAACUGCAGAUAUACUAAAAUAAAACUUAUCUGUGAAUACUUAGAUAUCCUAGUAGAAGCACAGUUCAAACUGGAAAACAGAUAGAUAAAAAUAAAGGUCAGAAUUUCUUUUGAUAAUAUGCAAGCCAAGCUCAACUUUUAAGUAACUGAAAAUUGUUAAAUAUAGAAAAUAAAAAUAAGACAAUUAUCAGGAAAUUAUUUUUAUUGAUUUCAGCUCUUAGAAGGAUCAGUCAUAUCAUACUUUUUUUUUUCAGAUGGAUUACUGACAAAAGAUUACUAAUUUCAGCUGGUAUUUCCAGAGUGUUAGAGCUACGGCAAAGGUGGAAACACUGAAAACACAAGAAUGAUCAGUUUCUAAUCCAUCUUUAUAGAAUUGCUAGCAUGAGAAAAAGAAUCUUAACAACAUUUAAAUGUGCAGCGCCUGAGACACUGACACUCCCGAUGGAAAGAAAAACAUUUCUUUCAAUAAAGCUCUAUUCAACUCUUAAAAGUCAAUAGAAAGGUUCAUGCUGCCCAAAAUGCUAGUUAGAUUGCCUGUGUGGAAGCAAUUAGAGUAAUAACAUUUCUGUAAACAACAUGAAGGAUUUAAAUAAUUUGGAUGGUCCAUUCUGGGUGACAGAAAGAUGUAAGAUGUGAUAGAGAAAAAAUAUGCAAACCAAAACAUUGACAGCUACACACAAAAAAUGGUCAGAGAAACUUAAAAUAUGGACUGAAUACAACUCAAAUCAUGUUACCAUCCUGCCUUGUGUUUAACACGUAGAGCUUAAUUCCACAUUACAGUAUUUUUGUUUGACAUUUAUGCAGCACAGUUCAAAUUAGUAGAAAACUGGCGUAGCUCAGCAGUGAACUAUACAGUUGUAGAUCCCAUAGAGAAACACAGAGAGAGGUGUUUCCAUACUAGGAGAUAUUUUAAAGAGAACCUAAAUGCAUAUAGGUUCUCACACAACUAUAACAGCAAAUGCUAAAUAUCCACAGAUGCGUGAUUACAUCAUUCUGCCAGAGUUCGUCUGUCCUUUUGAACGUCACAAAGCUGCAGGUUGUGCCAUGUAACUCUUAACCUCGCUUUGCCAUGGUAAUUAUUUCAACCUGCCUAACAUCUUUAAAAAUCCGUCAUUUCUUACAGCUCCUUAGGGUCUGCCUCUAUCUGGUACAGACAUCAAUGGCAGCGUGUAAAUUAUAAAUAGAAUAGAUAUUACCAUUGACAGCCUGAUCCAGUUCCUGCAAAAUGCCAUAGGUGUCUUUUCAUUGGUUUUAACAGAAGCUAAAUAGGAUCUUAGAAGAACAUUAUAAAAGUGUCCCAAAAUUCAGAUUGCUUGCAAAGCCCACUCUGCUACCAGUGAAGUCAAUGGUGGACUUCUUUUUGCUUGUCAUUGAAGUGGAAUUGGGUUUUAUGUUUUUGUUGUAAGAAAAAUCACUACUUUUCUGAUAGUUCUAUUAAAACCUGCUGUAAACUCUCUUUUUAAUUUAAUUUAAAAUGCAUUAUCUUUUUUUCUGUUAAAUUGGGAUGGUUCCUCAAAAGGCUAAAAAUAAACUGUCAACAGUAUUGUUCUACUGGGAACUACUUGUUAGCCAGAAAUCUAGAGUGUUAUGCAUGGUAAAUGAAAUACACAAGUAAGUAUAGUAAAGAUAAAAAAAAUACUUCAAAAUUCUCAGUUUGGUUAUCUAAGCUGGAGUUGUUCACAAAUGUACAACAAAAAUGUUGAAAAAUAAUAUUAACAGAAUUGUUGAGUAUAUUGAAGUUGACCAUGUUACCAUGUCUGAAUAAAUUGUUUCUUGCAAUCUA